CAAUCCAAAAUCCCUAAAUAAAUCAGAUCGAUUUUCUUUCCUUCCGGAUAAGGGUUCAUAUACGUGAGUACUGCAUUGUUCUUCCAGGAUUCCGGUUCUGGAUUUUGAACAACGUAGUUGCUAGUUGUUUCCGAGGAAUAUGAACAACUGGGGAAGAGAAUGGAGCUCAAAGUUGAAGUUUUUCUCAGCUCCGAUCGAAUAAUUUGGAAGUUGCAGUAGAAGUUCGAAAAGGGUUGAAAGGUUAGGAGAGGAGAGGUGAAAAGGUGAUUCCUUUUUCUUUGUUUUGUGAGUAAAGUAAAGGGAAAAGGGAAGAAGCUGAUCGCAGAAGAUCGAAGCAAAGAAGUAGAAGCGGCAGCAAAGAUAUGGCGACGCUUGUGGAGCCUCCCAACGGAGUGAGGCCGCGCGGGAAGCAUUACUAUUCGAUGUGGCAAACCCUUUUCGAGAUUGACACCAAGUACGUUCCCAUCAAGCCUAUAGGGAGAGGAGCAUAUGGGGUCGUGUGUUCUUCAAUCAACAGGGAAACCAAUGAGAAAGUGGCUAUAAAGAAGAUCAACAAUGUGUUUGAGAAUCGGAUAGAUGCUUUGAGAACUCUGAGGGAGUUGAAGCUUCUUAGGCACAUUCGGCACGAGAAUGUGAUUGCUUUGAAGGAUGUUAUGAUGCCUACCCAAAAAACCAGUUUUAAGGAUGUGUAUCUGGUUUAUGAGCUUAUGGAUACCGAUCUGCAUCAAAUUAUCAAGUCCUCGCAGCCACUUUCUAAUGAUCAUUGCAAGUACUUUAUCUUUCAGUUAUUGCGAGGUUUGAAGUACCUUCACUCAGCAAACAUCCUUCACCGAGACUUGAAGCCUGGGAACCUCCUGGUCAAUGCAAACUGUGAUUUGAAGAUAUGUGAUUUUGGACUGGCACGCACUAGUAGAGGCAAUGAACAAUUCAUGACAGAGUAUGUUGUCACCCGCUGGUACCGUGCACCUGAGCUUCUCCUCUGCUGUGAUAAUUAUGGUACCUCCAUUGAUGUCUGGUCUGUAGGAUGCAUCUUUGCUGAGAUUCUUGGCCGGAAACCUAUCUUUCCUGGAACUGAGUGCCUUAACCAACUUAAAUUGAUCAUCAAUGUCCUUGGAAGUCAGAAAGAGGCUGAUAUUGAGUUCAUUGAUAAUCCAAAAGCCAGAAGGUAUAUCAAAUUACUUCCAUACUCUAGGGGCACUCACUUUUCCCAUCUAUACCCCCAUGCUGAUCCAUUAGCCAUUGACCUGCUGCAAAGGAUGCUGGUUUUUGACCCAACGAAGAGAAUUACUGUCACAGAAGCUCUCCUGCACCCUUACAUGUCAGGACUUUAUGAUCCAAGAAGCAAUCCACCUGCUCAGGUGCCUCUCGAUCUUGAUAUAGAUGAGAACAUGGAUGAACAUAUGAUUAGGGAGAUGAUGUGGCAUGAGAUGCUCCACUACCAUCCAGAGGCUGCAUUUGCCACUCCGUAGGCAAUUCUUAAGUACUUUACAGUGCACCUACAGAACAGAAGCAAUUCCAUUAUUUCACCUAGAAGCUUGCUAUUGAGGUUAUUCCUUAGUCCUUGCCACUGCGAUUUUGUUUUAACAUCUUGUUUGUUAGUUUGAGUUCCUAAUGGUAGACAUUAUAUCACAUAACAUGUAAAUAGGAUGCUUUUAGUAUCAUGUUCUAUUUGUGAUGCAUAAUUGGCAUCAAUCUUAUAAAUGUAGAGAAACAAGAAAGGGAAUUCUCUCAU